UGACACUUGUCAUCCACCACUUUUAAUUUGCUGAUAGAGUUGGUAUAGGUUUAGGUGGGGAACUGUGGUUCCCAAUAGCUGCUUAUUAUGUAUACGCAUGUGGUAUGAACGAGUAGUUUUGAAUUGAUUUUUAGUAAUAAGGCUCCUAGUGUGAGUUAAAGUUACCCGGAGGACAGGUGUCAUCCACGCGACCAUUGACGUUAGUGUUGGUUUCAUAGACACUGUGUAUAUUUUCCACCAUUUCUCAUCGCUGAAGGAUCCAUAUUGGAGGAAAUUUUCAGCUAUGGAGGACGCCAAAAAAAGAAAAUUGACUUCUGAUGAUCCAAGUGUCUGGCUGAAAUGGUUCGAGGAAAUGAGUGAAGAAGAAAAUGAGAAGGAUGAAGAAAGUUGUUCCGAAAUUGAAGCAGAUAUUUUAGAAGAAAGUCCACAUGAUACUGCAUCCGAGCAAGAGGCGGGUGAUUUAGAAAGCGAUAACGACUGUGAUGACAUCAGCGACAGUGAGUCGGAAAAUUUUUACAUCGGUAAAGAUAAAUUUACUAAAUGGUGCAAAGUUAAGCCUCGACAAAAUGUAAGAACACGUUCCUGCAACAUAAUCAUUCAUUUACCUGGCCCAAGAAGAGAAGCGCAUGGCGUGCAGAAAGAAAUAGAUAUUUUGAAAUUCUUUUUAGACGAUAACGUUUUUCGCAUGAUUGUUGCUUCAACAAACAUCAAAAUUGGAGUUGUGCGAGAAAAAUAUUGUAGGGCUCGUGACGCCGCUGAUACGGAUGUGACUGAAAUUUGCGCAUUCAUUGGACUAUUGUACCUUAUCGGAUCGUUGCGUUGCUCCAGAAAGAACAUGCACGACUUGUGGGAUAACUCAAGAGGCAAUGGACUUGAAUCGUGUUAUUUAACGAUGAGUGAGAACCGUUUCAAGUUUUUGCUGCGAUGUCUACGAUUCGACGACAUACGAGACAGACAUAUGCGAAAAGAAGUUGACAAAUUGUGUUCGAUCAGAGAUUUGCAUGAACUAUUAAUAAAUAAUUUCCAAAGAUACUUCUGCGCCAGUGAGUAUUUGACAGUAGACGAACAGUUAUUAGCUUUCAGGGGAAAUUGCUCGUUUCGCCAAUAUAUACCGAGCAAACCGGCUAAAUAUGGUUUGAAAAUUUUUGCUUUAGUUGAUUGUAAAACUGGCUACACUAUAAACUUAGAACCCUAUGUUGGAAAACAACCGGAAGGUCCAUAUCAAGUGGGUAACUCUGGAGAAGAAAUUGUAUUACGCUUAUGUAAUCCUGUUGAAGGCACGAAUAGGAAUAUUACUGCUGAUAAUUGGUUUACGAGUGUUACGGUAUCUGAAAGACUGCUAUUAGAGAAAAAACUCACAUACGUUGGAACAAUGCGCAAGAACAAACGCGAGAUACCUAAGGAAUUUUUACCCAAUAAAAGUAUUCCUGCAAAAUCGUCAAUUUUUGGAUUUGGCAAGAAUAGUACCCUAGUAUCAUAUUGUCUUAAGAAGGGUAAAAGUGUAAUUCUUCUCUCGAGCAUGCAUUUUGACGAUACUAUAGAUGUAUCUACCGGUGAUCAUAAAAAGCCGGAAAUUGUAACCUUUUAUAACAUGACGAAAGUGGGUGUUGAUUUAGUUGAUCAGCUGUGCCAGAAAUAUGAUGUAUCAAGAAAUACUCGACGAUGGCCUCUAGUUAUGUUUUACAACUUGUUGAACAUAUCAGCGAUCAACGCAUUCGUCAUAUACAAAGCCAAUACUCGAGAAUCAACACAAAUUCAAAGGAGGAUUUUUCUACAAAACAUUAGCUGGGAGCUAAUUAAACCGCAAAUUGAACGUAGGACAGCAGUUCUAACGAUUCCAAAGGAAAUUAGAAGACGAGCGCGUGUACUGCUGGGCAUAGAAGAAUCAACAGUUCCUCAAAAGAGACCAGGUACGAGAGGAAGAUGUCUUCCAUGCGGGAGGCAGAGGAAUAAAACUACAAGAAGAUGGUGCUGUAAGUGUCAAAUUUGGGCCUGUGGCGAACAUCUCACGGACAUAUGUCUACAGUGUUUGGAAAAUACAAAUUAACUUGUAAAAUAACUAUCAUGUAUGUAAUAAAAAUAUUUUUUGAGUUCUGUUGGUAAUUAAUACUUUCUCUAUACCAUCAGUAAUAAAUUCUGAUUACCUUGUAACACAAAAAGAUAUUAAAUCCGUAAAGUGGCCCUAAACAAACUGUGGAUGACCACUGUCAUCCGCGC